GGCUGAAGUUAUCAGGCAGCGAGGCGCGGGCCAGUCAGCUUCUCACUACAUUUCUGCAGCUUUUGCAAUUCCCUCAUCCUUCCUGUAUGGUGGAUAUUAUUUUCAACUCUUCUUUCUUGGGUGAUAUGGGGGAUCAUUCCAAAAAGAAGUCCGGAUUCGCGAUGUGUGUAGGCUGUGGAAGUCAGAUACAUGACCAGUACAUACUGCGAGUCUCCCCGGACCUGGAGUGGCACGCAGCCUGCUUGAAGUGUGCUGAAUGCAGCCAAUACCUGGAUGAGACCUGCACUUGCUUCGUCCGGGACGGCAAGACUUAUUGUAAAAGAGAUUACGUAAGGUUGUUUGGGAUAAAAUGUGCAAAAUGCAACCUUGGAUUCAGCAGCAGCGAUUUAGUGAUGCGAGCUAGAGACAAUGUGUAUCACAUCGAGUGUUUCCGAUGUUCGGUGUGCAGCAGGCAGCUCUUACCGGGAGACGAGUUCUCUUUGCGGGACGAGGAACUUCUCUGCCGGGCUGACCAUAGCUUGUUGAUGGAACGGAGCUCCGCGGGAAGUCCUAUAAGCCCUGGUCACAUUCACUCAAGCAGAUCACUGCACAUGGCAGCAGACCCUGUCACCGUUCGACAAGCACCUCAUCGAAAUCACGUCCAUAAGCAAUCAGAGAAAACGACGCGGGUUCGGACUGUUUUGAACGAGAAACAGCUUCACACGUUACGGACCUGCUACAACGCCAACCCGCGGCCUGAUGCGUUAAUGAAGGAGCAACUUGUGGAGAUGACUGGCUUGAGCCCAAGGGUCAUUCGAGUUUGGUUCCAAAAUAAAAGAUGCAAAGAUAAAAAGAGAUCAAUCCUCAUGAAGCAAUUACAGCAACAGCACCACAGUGAUAAGACUGUAAGCAUCUUCAAUCUACAAGGCCUCACAGGUACGCCUCUCGUUGCUGGGAGUCCAAUCAGACAUGACAACACAGUUCAAGGCAACCAAGUGGAGGUACAGACUUAUCAGCCGCCCUGGAAAGCUCUGAGUGAAUUCGCCUUGCAGAGUGACUUGGACCAGCCAGCCUUUCAACAAUUGGUGUCAUUCUCCGAAUCUGGGUCAUUAGGGAACUCUUCGGGCAGCGACGUGACUUCCCUGUCAUCGCAACUACCUGACACUCCAAACAGCAUGGUACCCAGUCCUGUCGAUACGUGAAACCGGGCCUUGUGGUCUCUGUCCCAGGCCUAGCAUGUUCCCGGUCCCCUGCAUGUGACCAGCUCAUCACAGCGUCCAAAAUAAAAAGAGGAGCGUUUUGACAUGGAGGACAUGCAAUAUAUUCCGAACAUCACCUACGGCACUACGAUGCGAUGGAACUUCUCUGGACUACUGCGUAUAUAGUUUUUUGAGGAUUCCAUUUGACAAAAAGCAGACUUUUGUUGCAUGAAUUGAAUUGGAGAGAAGAUGGAAGAUCUUGAUGGAUAUACAAACCGACCUUCUUAAUACUAAAUUGGAGCCAUUUGAUGUUUAAACAGAUGACGAUUUUGCAAUUCAUUGUGAUCAUUAUGUCUUGUUUCUUCAAUAUGUGAUUUUGAUACAUUUAUUUCGUUAUCGAGUUCUGUGGCUCGUGUGUUUGUCUUAAGGAGCAUGAUGUCCCAAGAUUAUAUCAGACCCUUGUUGUAAAAUACUUUAUCUUAAUGGGCGGGGGUUGGCUAUGUUGUUUGAAAUUCUCGAACAAAAGUAAGUUAUUGUUAUUUAUUGUCAGGACAACAAUUCAUAAGGAAUUAUUAACUG